UCCUUCUUCUUGUCUUUUUGUACAGAGAGACAGAAAGAGAAUCUAACUUUGUGUUUGUAUUAUUCUGCGUGUAUGUACAUAGUUUUUGUGCCAGAGCAAGAGAGAAUCGUUGAUCUAUUAUUCGACACGCAAAACUGAGAUUUGAAUAUAAUACCCUUUGGUUUCCAAGCAGUUUUUUGCUGUGUAGAAACGAGAGAUGGUGGGUAUUUUCUCAAGAUUUUCUGUUGGCAGAGUUGGCCAUAGGAGAGCCCAAAGUGCACUUGAUGAGAGGGAAGUAUUGCCCCCAAUUACCGAAGUGAACAGGGCGUCUACCGCUGCUGCUCCACAUGGAAUUGAAGUAGCGGUAGAGUUUAAGCCAGUUGAGCACCCAAUUGAGCCUCCCAACAGUGAUCAACCAAUUCAAUGCCCAUUGCCAGAACAUUCGAUUCUUAAUGAUGGAAGAAUAUGGAAAGAGAGGGUAUCUGCAACCGUGCGGAGGAGAUCUGACUUGCCUGUCAUGAAAGAAGGUGGGUCUCUUGAAUCUGAAUCUGCUGGGACAAGGCCACGACAAUCCAAUAGAGUGAUUCUACCAUCCAUCAGUGCUCCUGAACAUAAUUUACUAAAACUACUUGAAGAAUGUAACGCAUCGGGGCUCUAAAACGCUGUUUCAGGUUCUGAUAUGAGUGCUGCGUUACAUAAUUCCCUUACAUAAUUUCCUGUCCCUUUCACUACCGGAUUAUCGACUUUUUUCAGACAUAUUUACUUGAAUACAUGUAUUACUCUGUCUUUUUUUUUUCACCCAUAAUGUAUAUUUAACAGUUCACUUGGAAAUGAAGUAUAUGCUUUGGCAUCCUGAGUUCUAUCAGUAA